GCGCCUCAAGGAAACGUUAUUGGAAGGGGCGGUAAAAAGACGGGCGCGGACUACCGGGGUAGACUCCCGCGGCUAGACCUCCUCCGGGCAUGGCUUCGCGCACCGACGUCGUCCACGCAAGCGGCGACGACGGUUCGCAGCCCACGCUUCCGGCGCCUCCUCGCGUCGCCGGCCCGGCCCUCAAGCUCCGCACCGAGGACGAGGUCGUGUUUGCGGAGCUCCUCUCGAAGAGGGCGAGGUGCAGCAGCCGCCCGCCCACCCUGCGCUGCGCCUGAAAGCGGCCCGACCGAAGCUUGGACACGCAAGCGUGACCGGUGGCGCUGCUGCUCGAGAGGUGCAGGCGCAGCCCCUCCGUCGCGCAGCCCCUCCGUCAGUGUCGACGGCGGCGGCGGCGGAGCGAGGCUCACCCACGAGGAGGCGGCCGAGGCGGCCCACCCGUCGCCGAUGCCGAGGCGAGGAGGGGC